AUGGCUUUCGCCGCUAGUGGCUUAAUUGGUUUGAUUUUGACUAUAAACACUUUAACGGCUAGUGCUUGUAACGGUGGCUAUGAAUUGAUUAUUCAUAAGAUUGAUAACUGCGCCGGUUCGGAUCAGGUUAUUACUAUUGAUCCCAAAUCUAGUGCCUCCUUGACGAAAGAUUGUAAAGUCAUCUCCAAGUCCACAGUGAAAACGGUCGGGUUCAAAAGCGCCAAGAUGACAGUGUUGAUUCGGAAGAACGGACUUCCAGUUGCGAAUGAAAAGAUCGACCUGUGCGAAAGUAUGGAAGAUUCGAAGAAUAAUAAGGACGCGGCUGAGAUCAUGACCAUGUUUGGUGUUCCGGAUAAGUGUCCCGUAGAAGCCAGCGAAAUCAACACGAACGAGAACCAAGCGUACAGCUUGGAGAAGUACAAAGACCAGUUGAUGAUGGCCGAAGGAAAGAUUACCGUUGAUAGUAAGAUUUUGCAUGACAAUGGAGAAAGCUGCUUCAAAAUUGAUAUGGAAGUAAAAAAGGCAGGGGGGUCUACUGGGAUAAUAUGAAAUAAAUAAUAUUUUUCGGAUAUUUUCC